UUGAUCUUUAUAAUCUUUGCUUGCAUGUAGGGAGAAAUUUAUCUGGUUUGGGCCCUGAUUCUCCGUCUGAAACUCCAUGGAAAGGGUCCGGAGAGCAACUCAUGCCGGCUCAUGGUACACUGAUAAUGCCCGCAAAUUAGAUGAGGAGCUAGAUGAAUGGCUUAGGGCUACUGGCUUGGUCAAGUCGGCACUUGUUCGGGGUGUAAUUGCUCCGCAUGCUGGCUAUUCAUACUCCGGCCGUUGUGCUGCUUUUGCAUUUGCAAAUAUAGACCCAGAACACGUAUCCCGGGUAUUCCUUCUUGGUCCAUCUCACCAUUAUUACACCCCAAAAUGCGCUCUUUCAAGGGCCACAGUUUACAAGACACCUCUUGGAGAACUGCCAAUUGAUUUGGAAGUCAAUGAAGAGCUAAAGGCGACAGGAAAAUUUGAACUCAUGGAUCUUCAUGUAGAUGAAGCAGAACAUAGCAUGGAGAUGCAUUUACCUUAUCUUGCCAAAGUAUUUCAUGGUCGGCCAGUUAAAAUUGUACCCAUUUUGGUGGGCGCCCUCAGUACCGAAAAUGAAGCCAUUUAUGGGUAUAUGCUCGCGAAGUAUGUUGACGAUCCGAAGAAUUUCUUUAGUGUCUCAUCAGACUUUUGCCAUUGGGGUUCACGAUUCAACUACUGUUAUUAUGAUAAGAAAUAUGGGGCCAUCUACAAGUCAAUAGAGGCAUUGGAUCGGAUGGGUAUGGACAUUAUUGAGACUGGUGAUGCUGAUGCAUUUAAACAGUAUCUGUUGGAAUAUGAUAACACCAUUUGUGGACGCCAUCCUAUUAGUGUCUUCCUUCAUAUGUUGAGGAAUUGCUCCACAAAGGUGAAGAUAAGUUUCAUUCGAUAUGAACAAUCCAGCCAGUGCAAGAGCAUGAGGGACAGCAGCGUAAGCUAUGCCUCUGCAACAGGAAAAGUAGAUGAAUCCAUCCAAAGCUGAAGCCUGAGCUCGCUGGAUGCACUAUAACACUUGGGUGUUUCACUUAACACUGAUUCUUGUCAUGCCAUAUGCAAAUCUUUAAAUAGUCACUAGUUAAGUUAUCAUGUUUAUCGAAACAGAUAUAGGCACCCUUAAGAAUAAUAUGUGAUGCAUGUUCUGAUGGUUAUUAAAAGAUGAUGAGAGAUGGAGAGAGAAAAGAGUUUCUACUCACAAUCACAUUUACCAAGGGUUUCUACUUU